AUGGCUUCCCACAAACUCACUCUCAAGCAGCCCCAAGGCCGUGAACUCCUUGGUGGCGACCUUCUUGCCCAAUGUCUCCAGCAACUCGGUGUCGAUGUCAUCUUCGGUCUGCAUGGUGGGCACCUCGACGCUUUCCUCAUGGGAUGCACAGAAAUAGGCAUCGAGCUCAUCGACACAAGACACGAAACUGUCGCUGUACAGGCUGCAGAGGGCUAUGCGAAAGUCAGUGGGAAAACGGGAUGUUGUUUCGUUACUGCGAAUAGCGGAUUUUGCAACGGCCUUCCGGGUCUUGCGACUGCAUUUGCAGAUCGCUCACCUAUACUUUGUGUGACGAGCUCGCAGCCCCUGAGAGACGCUGAGACAAAUGCCCUCCAGGGCUUUCAUGACCAGGUUGUGCUAGCGAAGCCUAUCACCAAGUUUGCUGCGAGACUCACUACCGUAACAGAAAUCCCACGCAUCGUGAGUUAUGCAUGGAGGACAGCACGCUCUGGCGCGCCUGGUCCAGUGCUUCUGGAUUUCCCCAUUGAUGUGCUGUUCACGCCUGUUGAUGCUGAGAGAGUUGCCUGGGGAAAUAUCACAGGGCCGUUGAGUACUCUCCCUGGUCCAGAUCCGAAUGCGAUCAAGGAUGUAGUGAGUCUGAUAAAAGCGGCUGAAAGACCUGCUAUAAUAGUAGGCACGGGUGCGCGAAGCGCUAUUGACGAGAUCACAACUCUGGCUAGCACAACCAGCCUCCCGAUCUUCCACAGUCUGAAGUUCAGCACCGGCAUUCCCGUCACGCAUCCUUCCCAUGCCGGAUCCGCGGUACUCCUUGGCCUCCUUCGCGCUACUCAGCAGCCCCAGCCCGACCUGAUUAUUCUACUAGGAGCCCGAACCGGCUGCCUCCUGGGUGGGAGGGGAGGUGCUAUUGUCCCCACGUCAAACUGCAAAAUCAUCCAGAUCGACAUUGAUGGGGGUGAAAUUGGACGCUCCGAGCACAUCAUUAUAGGCAUCGUAUCCGACAUCCAACUCGCGAUUGCCGCGCUGAACAGCGAAGUAGCAAAAGCAGACAAGUUUACCGUCCCUGAAUCCUGGAUCCGCACAGCCCUCGGUCUGAAGUCCUGGCGCGCACCGCACAAUGAAUCCGAGCCGAAAAUCGAUGAGAAGAAUGGCCAUUUGCAUCCCUACCACGCGGUCAAAACUCUCUAUCGGCAUAUACCCAAAGGAAGUGUGAUAUCUAUCGAUGGUGGCGAAGCGGGUGGAUGGGCCAUGCAACUUCUCCCCGAAGCCUCGGCGUCGCUAUCCAUGUUGGCAACGGGGUACUUGGGCUUUCUGGGGAACGGAUGGGGAUACUCGCUCGGCGCGGCGGUCGCUGAUCGAAGUAAACUGGUCAUCAACAUCCAGGGUGAUGGGUCAGCAGGGUUUCAUUUAGCGGAGUUAGAUACGUAUAAGAAGUUUAACCUGCGCAUCUUGACGGUAGUAGUUAAUAACAGCGUUUGGGGUAUGUCGCAGGCGGGCCAGGAGUUGAUUUACGGUGUCAAAUCUGCUAAACCUGCGUCGGCGCUCCGUCCAGAGACGCGCUACGAUAUUAUUGCCCAGGGUUUCGGCAUGACUGGCUUCCUCAUCGACGCCACACUUUCGCUGCCUGAAAGUCCGUUGUCGGAGCGCCGCAAGCCCUGGGUCGAAUUGGGACCGGAAGGGGAAGAGAAAUGGAAGAAGUGUUUGAAUGGGUUGGGCAUGGCGGUGGAGGAAAUUGUUCAGAGUGGAGGACCGGGACUGAUUGAUUUGAGGGUGAGUCCAUAUCCGUACCAGGACAGCACGAAGGCUAUGGUCGGCGCGACAAAGGACCCAGACGUGAUUGUUGUACCGUAUUACGACAAUUUGCCCAGACCUUAUUACAAGAGCAAGGAGAACGGGGCGGCUUGA